CAUAAAUUAACAUAAAAUCUGUUGUUGAGUUCAAGCAUGGAAAAUAAUCACCAGUCUUCCGAACUAUCUCUGAAAGAGGAAGGAGACAUCUUCGAUAGGGAGAUCCUUCUGAGCUUGAAAGGUUUCGAAGAAGUCCCUCUAUACCUAAACCUGUGGGAUAUGAAAUGCUGUGUUAAGAAGUCAGGCCUCCCGGUUAUUUACAACAGCCGAAAAUCUUAUUGUUUUAGACCUGUAGAUCCAAAAGAAGAACUUUAUAUUGCCUCAAAAACGAUAAAAAUCAAAGAUCUUAGGCAAAGCACAAGCAUCCAUGGUCUAAAUGUCAGUGGGCGUCAUCUUAUGUCUUCUAAGAAGGGUAGAUUUAAUAUUUAUGCUAUAAAUAUGCGAAAUUCUUCAAUUCCUACAUCCUGUAAAACUUCCUCGAUUCUCGGUUUGAUGCAGUUGACUCAGUCAUCACUUAUACUUAAUGAGUUCGUAAUCUCGAAGAGAUGGCACAAGAGGGUCUUGCUCUGUGGCUCCCAUAUACAAGACAUACAGUUUGCUAAUUGUCAUAUGGGUACUGAGGACAUCUACUUUCCAAAGAAGGAGUUUACAACGACAGCAAUUUGAUAUUUAAGAUGAAGCUCUGGUGAAGGUAAACAACAAGAAUAUACCACACUAGGAAUAUUAGAGAUGAUAGCAGGAUGUGGAUUAAGAGAUUCACUUAAAACAGUAAGUUUUAAUACCUCAAACUCCAUUGUUCCUCGCAGAAAGAAUUUCGGCAGAAACCCAGCCUUAGAGGCUGAGAUGAAACAAGCAGUAAUGACAUUGAAGCCUCCUCUUUAUGACAUAAAGUUUCAAGGUGCAUAUAAAAACCCACUAAGCAUUCAAUACAGCUUCACUAUCUCUCCGAACUCAGCUGCCUCUCAGAGACCAACUACUAAGUCUAAAUGCCUUCUUCAAUAACACCGCAUCCCAAUCAUAGGCCA